UCCGCCCUGCUGUGCCUGUAUCUGCUGUAGAGUUGCGCCAGGCUGUACGUCUCCAUUAUAUAACUUUAAUGGACUCACGAGUUUAACGCCGCGGGAGCAGAGUGCAGGACCACACAUCUGUCCUUCUAUUUGCAUUUAUUCGUGGAUUUGAGUUGAGGGAUUGAAAAGCGAGGAGGGAGAUAUUGGUCACUUUACCCCCUGCUGGCGACGUGAGUUUAAAGUUGUCGACGUCUCGCAGAAAACGGUGGUGCGCACAGCGGCUCUCAUGGACUACAUGUAGGUCAGCGAACCGUGUGUACUUUUCUGCACAAACGCCGUUUUCUCCAGAUCAUGUUUUUCUUCUGCAGAAGGAUAAAGCCCCGUACGGAUACCACUGACAUUUUAACACCCAACCUUUUCCGAGCUUGACAGAGGUCUAUUUUUUAAUACAAUUUGGACGGACAGAUGACCUAACUGGAGGAGCGCAUCUUAUUUGAAACUACAGAUAAAGCAAUGGAUCAGGGAGGACUGAAGCGCAACGGUAAUCGAGACGACAGCCUGACAUUUCUGGAGCCUGGAGUUGGAGUGGGCAGAGAGUCAGUAGACACAGCUGGUUCACUGCUACAUGCUAACAUGCACCUGCCCAACAACAACACAGCCCCUCUGCAGAUGUCGCAGUCCACCGUGGCCUCCAAUGGACGGGUCGCACCCAAAAACCAAGUGAACUUGGUGAAUCUUUUUGAGUCUCCGGAUAUUUGUUUCAACAUUGAGGACAACCUGCCCGUGCUGAACCAUGGCAGCACUGAUCUGGACCGCUCCUCCACUAAUAUCAUCAACUCUUCAGACACGUCUGUCUUGAGGAACCUGCCCAUCCCAGAUCUGUUUGGGUCCCACAUUAAACAGGAGCAGGACUUCCCUCUGCACAAGGACAUCGGAGGGUAUAACACACCGCCCGGCUCCUGUGACCUGGACGGCACCAACGUCAGGCUGAUGGAGGACAGUGAGAUUUGGCAGGGUCUGGACCUUCCUGGUACUCUGCCUGAAAUCAGUGAUAUUGAAGUGGUUUCAGAGGUGGCCCUCCUGGAUAACAUCCUCCAUGAAACCGCCAGCAAUGUGGGAGUCCCAAUGCGGGGCAUGUUAAAGGAAACCAAGCCCCUAAUGGGUAACGGAGGCCACUGUUCUGGUGUGAACGGGACAGACCCCCACCACGCCUCCAUGCUUCACCAGGCUCAGGAUGUGCCGCUGCUGCACCACCAGCCCACCUCCCUCCUCUCCAGCGUCAUGAUAAAGGAAGAGAAGGAGGAUGACUUCAUUCACAUCCAAACGCCCGGAGUGGUCAAGCAGGAGAAGCCGGACAACUCUUCUUACUGCACCAACCAGUGUCUCCAGAACAGCUCUCUGCACGGAGCCCCUAUGCCCCCCUCUAUGGGGCACGGGUACCACUACAGACCCGCCCCAAGCUCCACUGUGACCCUGCCUGACCAGAAGCCAUUUUCCAUGUACCCCACACUGCCCCCGGUGGAGGAGGGCUGGGCGCGGGGCCGAUAUGGAGAGGGGUCUGGGAUGCAGAGGAGCGAGAACGGCCUGCCCUCCACCAGCCCAUCCCUGGCUCCGUACCCACUGAACUUCCCCAGCUCCACGUCCCGGACAGGAGAGACAGUCUCAUCAUCGGGGCAGAGCCAGUCCAAAUCGGGGAGCACCCAUAAGAUCUGCCUGGUGUGCUCGGACGAGGCCUCUGGGUGCCACUACGGCGUCGUCACCUGUGGGAGCUGCAAGGUGUUCUUCAAGAGAGCCGUGGAGGGAUGGAGAGCACGCCAAAACACUGAUGGUCAACAUAACUACCUGUGCGCCGGGAGGAAUGACUGCAUCAUCGACAAGAUCCGCAGGAAGAACUGCCCCGCCUGCCGCUUCAGGAAGUGCCUCCAGGCCGGCAUGAACCUGGAAGCGAGAAAAAACAAGAAGCUGAUGAAGAGAAUCAACCCGCCCCGGCCGUCCCAGGACCACACACCUCACAUGCCGGUUCCCAUCAUCCCCAUGGGCCUGUCCCAGCUGGUGCCUACCAUGCUGUCUGUGCUGAAGGCCAUCGAGCCUGAGAUCAUCUACUCAGGCUACGACAGCACCGUGCCCGACACCUCGUCCCGCCUCAUGACCACACUCAACAGGCUGGGCGGGCAGCAGGUCAUCUCUGCAGUCAAGUGGGCCAAGUCCCUGCCAGGCUUCCGUAACCUGCACCUGGAUGACCAGAUGACGCUGCUGCAGUGCUCGUGGCUCUUCCUAAUGUCCUUCAGUUUGGGCUGGAGGUCGUACGAGCAGUGUAACGGCAGCAUGCUGUGCUUCGCCCCGGACCUCGUCAUCAACAAAGAGCGCAUGAAGCUGCCCUUUAUGAACGAGCAGUGUGAGCAGAUGCUGAAGAUCUGUAAUGAAUUUGUGCGGCUGCAGGUGUCCUACGAAGAGUACCUGUGUAUGAAGGUCCUGCUCCUGCUCAGUACAGUCCCAAAAGAUGGUCUGAAAUGCCAGGCGGUGUUCGACGAGAUCCGCAUGACGUACAUCAAAGAGCUGGGAAAGGCCAUCGUGAAAAGGGAGGAGAACUCCAGUCAGAACUGGCAACGCUUCUACCAGCUCACCAAGCUGCUGGACUCCAUGCAGGAGAUGGUAGAAGGCCUCCUCCAGAUCUGCUUCUACACGUUUGUGAAUAAAACGCUGUGUGUGGAGUUCCCCGAGAUGUUGGCAGAAAUCAUCUCCAACCAGAUACCAAAACUCAAGGACGGGAGUGUCAAGCCCCUGUUGUUCCACUCGAAAUGACUGCCUUAAACUGUGAAGCAAUGCCUUAAUCAAACCCCAGCCCCAUCUGUACUGUACCAUGUAGGCUAUUACUCCUACCUGCGGCAUCAGCUUUCGUCUUUGCUUGUCCUGCCAGUCUCCACCUCAGACGCUUUGGAUCUGGGACUUUUCGCCACGCCAUUUUCACGUCAUGUUUAGUGGAUUUUAGGAGCACAAUAACCACCUUGGAUUUGCCUUCGAGGUUGCAACUUGGUGUCCUUCGACAUAAGACUAUGGGGAGCUGGUUUUGAAUGUUUUAAGGCAGGACAAAAAUGGAUUUUGUUUUAAUUUUUUAAGUUGUUUUUUUUCCCCCUUGGAGAUCUACUGCUGCGUCUCACCUCCAAUAGUUUUACCACAUUUUUGCCGAGAGGACAUGUCCACAAGUGAAAUAUUGUUGCCUGAUUGUAGUUUGGUCCCCAGCUUGGAGAAAAGUAUUCAUGUUGUGAGUAUGUAAUACAAAAAAAAAUAUUUAAUUUCAUUCUCUGUUUACCCACAAGACACCAGUGGACGAAACUGUGAAUUGUAAUAGAAGCAGUUUUCUAGACCAAUCUAGUUUUUCAAAAGUCAAAAAGGACUUUUUCGUGUUCUAAGUGUGCGUUUUUCUCAGUCCACAUAGCUGAAAGCUAAAGCUAAUGUUUACACAGGAUGUAUCUGAGAAGGGAAGACCAGUGCCUUUUUUAAGCUUUCCGAGCUCCACAUAGCCAUCCACCCAAAAGCUGUUUUUGCUAAAGAACCUUGACUUAUACUUCCCCCAUACAUAGUUCGCACAGUAGUCGGUUUGAAAUUUCCACCCAGGCAAUUCCUGUUUUGGUUCCAGUUGCUUUUCUCCAAGUGCUACUCAAAUGCACAGCUCUUAUAUAAGAAUUCCCAGAUGUGGUCCAAACAGACAGCGUGGUACCAGUCAGAAUUGGGAAAUGUCAGGACGUUUUCCAUAGCAUAGCACAGAUCUACUGCACCUGUCCAAUUGGUAUUUUUUUUAGUCAUUAUUCUAUAUUUACUAAGUUCAUGCAAAACUUAUUUGGGUGCAAACUUAAGUGAUUGUUGCAAUUUUUAGAAUUUUUGUCAAUUGAAAACUGGAUAUUUAAAUGAACUAUGAAUAUUUUCAAAUGAUUCACAAUAAUAUAAUUGUAUUUAAUCAAAGAGAUCAUUGACUUUGAAUGUAUAGUAUAUAUUUUAAUGUUGGCUAUCUAAAAGAGAGCAUUUGUCAAAUGUAAAUUCACAUUUUAACUUUUUAGUGUAUCACAAAAGAGCAACACAAAAGUAAGAGUUUUAUCUUUAAAUAGGGUGACCAGACGUCCUUAUUUACCCGGGACAGUCCCAGUUUUGAGCUCUGUGACCCUUGCCCCAGUGGAUUUAUCAAAAACCAUUGAUUUGUCCCAGUUUUAUACAAGAAAUGUUCCCGGUGUCCAUAUUUUUGACCAAUUUAAUCCCUGCCAAUAGUAAAGAGAGGUAUAAAUUGUAAUUUGUUAAAGUAAAAUACAGAAAAGCUGCUUAAAAUGACCAAAACAUAAAGAAAAUAUCACUAUAUUGACCCUUUAAUCAGAGUGCAGAACAAUUCUCCUUAAUAGGCUUUAUUCACGUUUACGUCACAAACCAGAAAGACGUUUGGAAAGUUGCAAUUACAGCUUCCUAGGCCCAGUUUUCUUCAUCUAAAUGUCAUUGUAGCAUUCCGUUAUGUUUGGCUAUACAACAAUUAAAGCCAUAUCUCCGUUUGGAUCACUUUCCACUGGCUACAGAAGAGACGAGGGCACCAAAUUCAAGAUGACUCCAAACAGCACAGCUCGUACUGAUCACAUUUACUUCAGUGGGUUUUAUCAGAGUCAGCAGAGGCGGUGCUACUAUUAGGCAAAAGUAGGCGGCUGCUUAGGGCCCGCAAACCUGGAGGGGCCCCCAACCAAUUGCCAUCAAUGCCAGUAAUGGCCGAGGCCUCAGAGCAAUUUGAUUUUCUCUGAAUAUGACAUUAAAUGAGAGUAGUUUACUUUCAAACAGUAAUCAUAAGAAAAAUAAUAAUCAUAUGUAGUGGAUGUAAACAAAAAUUUUAUUGUACGAGCAAAAAUAUAAAACUACUUUCAGCUCUGGUUAUCUAGGAGGCUACCGAACUAAUAAGACAAGUUUCCAAUCCACCGUAAUUCAAAUAAAGAACAAGAACAAUUGCAUUAUAGUGAGGGCCCCAAACUCAAGUUCACCUAGGACCCCCAAGUUUCUAACUCCGCCACUGACAGUCGGUAGGUGAGCUCAGUGUCGGUAACUACACCAGAAGUUGUAACCGCAUCUUUCCAAACAUCUUCCUGGUUUGUGAUGUAAGCGCCUGAAUAGAGCCUGUUACGCACUCGUUUCACAAUUUUAUUAUUACCAACCACUACAAACUGGGAGUGUCCCAGUGUUUUUUUUUUUUUUUAUUUUGGAAAUCUGGUCACCCUACUUCUAAUUUCAUUUUGAGUCCAACCCCCAGUCCCCCACUCGCUCAUUCAGCAUAUGUUCUCUUCAUUGAUCCAAUAUUGGUGAGAAAAGCUCGUGUACAUACGCCCCCCCCCUUCAUGCAGGUGACCUUUUUGUGAGAAGUGGUGUCCAAAUCCUCUUUUUGAACUGAAGCUCAGGCCGUGACCAGACGUGUUUCACUAGUGCCAAAAGUCUUAGCAGGUUUAGCAGAGAUUUUAUUUUUUCAACAGAGAGAGUAAAUACAAAUAUUAUAAUAAUUUAAAAAUAAUAUGGUGAUUGUUAUGCUUCAGGUUGUUCCAGCUUCAAGUAUUUUUGUGUAAUAUAUAAUCAGAUCCGAUCUUGUAUUUUUUGGAUUUGAAGGUGGUUAAAAAAGUAUACCUUUUCACCAGCUUUUGUGAUGGCCAAAGCAUUCAUAGUGCAGUGAAUUAAAAGCACACACCUUAUAGAAUAUAUUUACAUUUUAUCUACAAAACUGCCAAGUCUGUCGCAAAACAAAAUCACAAAAAAUACUACUAGAUGUUCAUCCGAAAUGGUACUUUUGUUUGUUUUUUUUUCCUUUCGUAGCGGUAAACGUCAGUCGGUUAGCAUAGCCUUUAGCCACAGUGACAGCGUGUUCUAUGCUAAUAAAAUGGCCGCCGGUGUAGAUGUGAACCACUAUUCUAUGAUUAACCGUACAUUCUGGAUUAUCGUGGCUAUCCUUACUGUUGUUUCUUUACAGUAUUGCAGUCAAUGGUGGUGGUGCUUGAAAAAUACCAGCUUUAACAUAAAACGUUAAUGUACUCAUAUCAUUAUUUCUGAAAAGGCCAUAUAGAUGUACAUAGAUUUUGGCUUAUACUGCAGCGCAGACAUAUCCAGUGCAAUUGAUGUCUGUUAUAUUACUACAAAAUAUUUUUACAUGGUCAUAACCUAUUAAUAUAUACUUUUUACACAUUUUAAAACUACAAGGCCUUGACGAAAGGGAGACACACAGCCAUAUUAGCCUAUAAAUAUAUAUAUCUAUCUAUAUAUAUUGUCAAAAUCAGGAACCCACAAUCAAUAUAUGAAUGCUUUUAAUUUACAAGAUGCGAUUUUUUUUCAAACUCCGGCUCCUUUGAUAUAAAAGUUUUGUAUAUUGAAGUUAUCGGAUUCUCGUUUCCGUUGGUUUGUGUGUAAAGGUUGUUCAAGUAGGAAAUGUUUGAUUUUAAAAUGAAAAAAAUAUAUAUUGUGAAGUCAUUGUAAAAUAGUGGGAAAGUGUACACUGUGUUUUCGAGAAGCUAAGGUCGGGGGAAGAGAACGGGCGGAGAUGAGGGUAUAUUAUCAGAGUGACCAAAGCAGAAGAUCACAAAGUAUUUAGACGAAAAUAGACAUAAACAAAGGUAGCACUUAAACCGAUUCUAAUACUUUUGUUAUUUUAAGUGGUAUCUUGUAUUGCUGUGAGGACUUACUGGUCACUUUAAAAAAAAAAUAGAGAAUAAAAUUAUUGUGGUAAACCUAGCCGAACAGAAUUGCACUACCCUCACACUGGCUGAUAAAGUCUAUUUUGUAUAAAAAAUAAAACAUGCAAAUAUUAUCUUGUUUUAAGGGCAGAUCUUAUUCACUGGUAUAUUAUGGCUAUGGCUUUCACUGAAGUCCGUUUUGUUCGUAUUUCAGUUCAUGUAAAUGUAAUCUAAUGUAAAGUUCAAAAAGUAUAAAAUGUUUGUUUAAAAAAAAGAGAAUAGUUUGUAUCACUUCUGUAUUACACCUCUUCUGUAGUCAUUGUCGAUACUUUCACCUAUUUGAUUCAAUGUUGACUUAAGCUAUCUGUGUUGUUCUUUGAUAUUGGAGUUAGCGUUGUGUCGGUAACAACUUUUCCUUUCUUUUUUUCUGUUGUUUUUGUCAUCACUGACUGAAAGAACUGAUUUCUCUAAGUUCAGACAUCUUACACAAUAAAGUUUUCCGUUUUUCAACGCUCA